AUGGCUCAGCUCUACACUCCGCAAGCCGUGGACGGCAAUCUUCCAGAGAAAGGAAAGGCCGCCGUCUGUGUUAACGAGGGACCAGAGUUCCGCGUUGAAGUCCAGGAUGUGGACAUUCCAGAACCAAAGGAUAACGAGCUCUUGCUUCGAAUGAACUGCACCGGUCUGUGCAUGUCCGAUGUCCAUUUCAUGAUGAACGAUUGGGCCGUUCCCCCAAUGAGCGAAUUCGGGACGAAGUGCGCAGGCCAUGAAGGAGCUGGGGUUGUUGUGAAGUUGGGGAAGAACGUUCAGGGAUGGAACAUUGGAGAUAGAGCAGGGAUCAAGCCUCUGUGGGAUGUCUGUCACAAUUGUGAGCAUUGCUGGAACGGCCGCGAGAAUUAUUGCCAGAGUGGUGUCUACACCGGAUUAGUAGCUGAGGGAACAUACCGUCAGUAUGUGACUUCGCCGGCCAUCUACACUUCUCGCAUCCCAGAUGGCGUCCCCGAUGAAGUGGCAGGACCGAUCAUGUGCUCUGCUUCAACCAUGCACCGCGCACUCGUCGACUCCGGACUUCGACCUGGCAACUGGGUAGUGUUUCCCGGUGGUGGAGGUGGCGUUGGCAUACAAGGUGUCCAGCUGGCACGCGCUAUGGGUAUGCGUCCAAUCGUCAUUGAUAGUGGCGAGGCGAAGAAGAAUUUGUCCACAGAGCUAGGUGCUGAGGCAUUUGUGGAUUUCAAAGAACAUCAGGACGUCGCAGCCAAGGUCAAGGAGGUCGCUGACGGCAUUGGUGCGCACGGCGUUCUCAUCACAGCCUACCAGGCGUAUAAGGACGCCUUCACCUAUAUCGGAGACCGUGUGGGCUCCAAGAUCGUGAGUACAAGUCCAAGGUGGCCGGAGAAGAGCGACUAACGUUGUGGGCAGAUGUGCAUCGCGUUGCCACCAGCAGGCUUAUGCAAUCUGGGGACCGAUCCGAACUUCUUCAUUUUCAAAAACGUCUCCGUUAUAGGUACGCUUGUGGGCACGAUGCAGGAUACUGCUGCAGCCCUGGAAUAUGCUCGUCGCGGAUUGUUGAAGGGGAUUGCGGAAGUCCGAGGCAUGUCAAGAUUUGAUGAGUCGGUGCAGGCAUUGAGGAGAGGCGAAGUUGCUGGGCGGAUAGUAAUAGACUUCAACAAGGAGUAG